CUUUACUCUUAGCGAUUGCAAAACGUUCGUAAAGAUUUCGAUGCAACGUAUUUCGUUAGCGGAGAACGAUACGAGAGAAUACGAUACGAGAGAAUAAAGUUGGAUCUUCUGGGAAAUAAAAUAUCGCCGCAUACAUCAGAAAAAUUGUUCGCAAAAAGCCGACAGAGAAUGUUAAAUCCUGCGAUAUAACGAAAGCUUACCGAUUUUAUAUUUAUAUAAUAUUAUAUACUGUACAUUUUCUAGAGAUAAUGCUGUUUUACGAUCGAUGUAAAUGCCGCGCGUGUAUGUCCAGAUGGAGUUGUAAAUCAUUUCGAUUAUCGUCAAGAGCACUAGCCUAACUUUUCUUAACUCGCUUGUUGCUAAAAUCGCCGCUUUCCCAAGCAAUCGUAUAAAAAGUCAAUCACAUCCGCGCAAUAAUCAGAUCAGGCUCGCAGAACUGGAACUCGACUAAUUUCCAACUUGGUUGUCCCCCUUCUUCUACAAAAUUCCCGGGGAAAUUAUCGGACGUGGCUGUUGGAAGCACAGGGAAGCGCGCAGGGUAGAACGGUAAAGUCGGUCGGUUCGUGUCCCAGAAGCCGUUUCGUAGCGAUCGUGCCAGCCGAAAACCCGGCGCGAGCGUGUCGCGUUCCGUGCGGCUAGGGGGUGGCGUCCGCGCAGGGGAUGCCAAGGUGUAGACGCCCCCGGUGCUGCCGCCAGCUUAGCGGAGACUAGCGGAAAGCGGGAAACCUGUUCUCGUCCACAGUUCAUCACGGUCUCGCAAGCCGUUCGAACGGACACACGGCCUCGUCGCGUUCCGCCAUCGCCGAUCCAUCUCGUCGCGUAAAUAAAAUCCUCGGCCACGUAUCGCCAACUAUUCUCUCGUCGUCGAACCGCCACCUCCUCCAACCUCGUGUUCGUCGAAUCGAUCGUCCCAACGAGCAUCGCGUCCGAUCGUUAGCGUCACGUGUCCUGGCAGUCGUCUCCUUCUUCGAAUCAAACGGAUCGAAGCAACUAAACGGUUGUUUUUUUUUUUUUUUUUAUUAUCGAUUGGCAGGUUCGACCGACCGAUCUAAUAUUUCGGCUGCGAUAGCGACGGAGAAUUCUUUUCGAUGAAAAAUUUUCGUUCGGCGGUAGACCGGUCGAUUUUUCGUCGCACCUGCGGCGGAUAAUUACGAUGACUCGUUGAAACGAGCUGUGGCAAGGCAGCCGAGAAGAUUCGAAACACGUGGCCAGAGUUUAGCCGCGGUUGUUGCGCGACUCGCUAAAUCCCGAGCACACAAGCGCCGGUACGUUAUGUCAGCGAGCUGUAUUACAAAUUGUUUUCGUUCGACGCAAGUUGGACGAAUAACGUAAGAAGAAAACGAUAAUAAAUGAUUCGUAAUCUCGUUCCUGAUUAAAGAGCAAAUAAACGAAGACUGUUUUUAAAAGCAGGCGUUUCAAGUUUACAGGAACCAAGGAAGAACGGAAUAGAAAAAGGGGGAGAGAACGCUUUUCAAAAAGUAUCGUAGGAAGAAAAGCAUCGUGGCUCGUUCUAGUAAUAGUAGCAGCUUCGGAGCAAUUCGUCGGAAUCUAGAUUAGAAUUUAAGAUCGAAGAAACAUCGCCAAAGUUGCCGUGGGCUCUCUUACGUUGAGAUCGAUCGUGUUAGAAAGUGCGAUAGAGCAAAGAGUGUUUCGUAGAAACUGCCCCCAAGUUGAUUAAAAGUGAGACAGAAAGGAGUUUGACGAGUGUUUGCGCGAUAUUUUGCGAACGAUAUGGGCGAUCGAAGAAUCCGUUAACGAAACGUUGACCGGAAAUAGAAGGACGUUGCAAGAGCGAAUCGAAACGAGAGCUUGCCGUCGGAUACGAUGACGUGCGAUACACGUCGGCGAUCACAGCACCUGUGGAACCUCGAGACUCUGAAGAUGUGGAAAAAUCGCACGGAGCCGUGCAUCGUCUCGUUCUCGUUGGAGCAGCGUGAGUCACAGAAUGGAACUGCAACCGUGCAACCUGCCGCCUGCAACUUGCCCGACGAAUCGCCUCGAGAGUCUCUCGGUACAGUCCCGAGCACGUAUAAGACGACCGUUGCUCGAACCAACAGCAUUCACCGAUGAAUCCGACGACUCUUUUCUUACGACUCGCGUUAUCCCAGGAAUAUGGCUGGCUGGGAACGGUGAAACGUGCAACGCAACUUGCAUCCGUAUCUAACCUUUCGAUAUCGUCCGUUAGCCAACCAAAGGAAAGUGGAUUUCCGUGCUCCUUCGAUGGCCCGGCGGAAUCUGCGACGGAACCUGCGGCGUAACCUCGUCGACGAGGUCGUCCAAGUAGCGGACGAGGGUGUCGAGCAGUGGCGCGGAUCGCGGUAACCGGACGAAGCGAGAAAGCGGUGAAAAACGCAGCAAAAGGGAGGAGCCGCAGCGUGAAAGAUGGAACUAAACGAAACGAUGGAAGAGGAUUCGAACAACAGCACCGAUCUAUCGAGUCUGUCGAACGUGCUGGUCGAUACUGGUCCAUCGAAUCGUUCUACGAAUCCCUACGAACAGCGAAAUGGCCACGAAUUGGAACACGCGAUUCUUCUAACGAUAAAAGCCAUGGUAAUGGGUUUCAUCAUUCUGUGCGCUCUGUUCGGCAAUCUAUUGGUGAUCGUGUCCGUAAUGAGGCACAGGAAGCUUCGCGUAAUUACCAAUUACUUCGUGGUCUCGUUGGCGUUGGCUGACAUGUUGGUGGCCAUUUUCGCCAUGACGUUCAACGCGUCGGUCGAGCUGUCCGGAAGAUGGCUGUUCGGCUAUUUCAUGUGCGACGUGUGGAACUCGCUGGACGUGUUCUUCAGCACCGUUUCGAUUCUUCAUCUGUGCUGCAUCAGCGUGGAUCGAUAUUACGCGAUCGUGCAACCGUUGGACUAUCCAUUGAUCAUGACGAAUCUUCGACUGAGCACCAUGCUGAGCGUGGUUUGGUGCUCGCCGACGGUGAUGAGCUUCCUGCCCAUCUUCGCCGGCUGGUACACCACCGAAAAGCAUCUAGAGUUCAGAAGGAAUUUUCCGGACGUGUGCGUGUUCCAAGUGAACAAACUCUAUGCCGUGAUUAGCUCCAGUGUCAGUUUCUGGCUGCCUGGAAUCAUCAUGAUCGCCAUGUAUUACAAGAUUUACCGGGAGGCUGAUCGUCAAGAGCGGAUGCUCUAUCGGAGCAAAGUGGCGGCAGCGCUCUUAAACAAACAUCUGCAGAUCAAUGGGAUUUCGGCCGGUUUGACCACGCUGCCAACUGUGGAUCAAUCGUCGCCGGAUCCACAACCGGAAGAUCCACCGAUCGCCAGCAGCAGCAAAAUGAGGAGGGAACGAAAGGCUGCGAGAACAUUGGGAAUCAUCGUGUCAGCGUUUCUGGCUUGUUGGCUUCCCUUCUUUCUCUGGUACAUCAUCACGUCCCUGUGCGACAGCUGCGAAAGCAGCGAUUCUGUGGUUGCAGCCGUGUUUUGGGUGGGUUACUUUAACAGCGCGCUGAAUCCGCUCAUCUACGCCUACUUCAACCGGGAUUUCCGGGCGGCCUUCAGGAAGACCCUCGAAAGCUGUUGCGUGGCGAUCGGACCGGUUCGCGAUCUACGCCAAGCCCAUCGGAAGCAGGAUCUGGUGCACAGUAACGCGUCUUCGGAACUGCACGUUAACAAUCAGCUGAGAGCCAGUGAGAUGACCAAUGUGCACAUCGAGGCGUGCAUUUGAUUUUCCAACCGUUCCUCGAACGUUCGUGUCUCAACGGUCUUCUAAACUGGAAAAAAUCGUUUCGAAUCCGACUUACUUUGGACUGGAAGCUCGGAUCGUUCGAUCGCUGAUCGCGGCAAUCACCAGCCACGACUACCAGCCGAGUAGCAGCAUCUCGGUGGCCAAUUAACACGGCCAGCAAGCGACACUCGUUCGCCAAUUAAACGAUGGAACAACGCGCAAGACCUUUCUUCGAUCGGCAAUUAACGGUCGACGAAGCUCGAACGCGUACCUUGAUCCGUCGAUCGAUAAAAAAGCGCCAGUCUAGAGGAUAAUUUUUUAGCGUAAAUCUGGGAAAUUCGGUGUAUCGUAGUGGAUUUUGAAAACGUUUCUACGUCACGAGCCUAUUUUCAAGAACGAAAAAAGGCUGCUAACAGAUUUAUACCGUUGACACGUUGCCAUCAAAGUUUCCACUCCGAUCAAACUCGAAGACCGUUAGACUUGCCGCUAUGUUUUCUCCGUGUUUUAGUUGGGCUUCAGGGUGUCGUGGACACGGGUCAAAUUGCACGCUAUUAUGCCAGAGUACGAAAGACAGAAUAUUUUAAAUAAAUCUAUUACUAAGCUUGAAACGGUACGUAGAGGUGCAAGUGGUGGAAACUGAUCAAAACUUGCAGGUUUGCCAAUCUGUUACUAAAAGCAUUUCUUUUGUUCGUAUUCGAUUUUUUAUCGUUAUUCGCAGUAAUAAGUAAAAUAUCGUGCGAGGAAAAUUCCAACGAGACGUUAACUACGAACGAGGAAGCGUCCUGAAAGGAAAUCUUCAAUGCGGUCAACCUAUUUUAAGACACAUUGUCGUCUAUUUCCACCGCGUGGCGAUUUUUCAAGACCAUAAAUAAGGUUGCUGCCUCCGAGCAGAUGGAUGAUCCGAUUUCAGUAAUACUUUAAGAUUGGCCUGAUAGAUGGAGGCCGUGCGAGUUCGUUUUUGCUUCGUUCCACUUUCUCCAACGAAUUUUAUUAAAUCGCUUAAAUCGCUUCUUCUCAGCCAGAGUUCCCUAUUUCUAGAUGCGAAACUUGGACGAAGAAUCAGAGUUCUUAUACAAAAGCUUUUGUUCACAGACGAGCUUUUGUUCAUAGCCGAGUCAGCUAGCAAUUGUUAACGGUGCAAACUGCCUUUUAAUCUAUCAACCAAUGUGUGUAAACGGGGAUAAUUUUUAUCUGUUUUUAAGCCAAACAAGUUUUUGAAUCUAAACGAGUAAGUAGCAAUGACGAGUCAAUAGGUUGUUUUUACUUAUGCUGAAGUUGCAUAUUUUAAUUUAUCAAAGAACGGACAUGGAUGAUUUAAUUGCUUCGACCGAUCGAUGAAAUUGAUCGCUCCGGUCGCUCGCACGAUGAAUUUCUUAAAGCCAGACGGAAGCUCGGAAUGUCGCGUGAAGCGAACACGGACGCGAUUGUGGUCGGUGAGUGAACGCCGCGUUCGAGCAUGAAAAUUACCUCGGGUGUAAAAGUGCUCGGUACCAGGGCUCGAUGUUGACACCGGGAAUUAAAGGAUAAACAACGCUAGAGGAACGCGGAUUAGCCCGAAGAGAUUGCGAAAAUCAGCCGUUUAUUUGACCGAACUUGAAAGAAACGAACUCCUCCAGCUAAAAGUAAAGAAAUAAAAGUAGCGAACUUUGACGAACAUUCGGACAGGAGGUUAUUUCGUUGUCCAGCGUGGAUAAAGAUCGAAAAAUUGUUGACGUUGAAUCGUCAUAAAUAGCGACUACGUUCGACAAACGAUACAUUGAUCGUUCAAGUUGGAAAAUUUCAGCGUUCUUAUCUCAAAAAAAGCUCUUUCCCUUUUUAGUUCCAAGUUUGUACUCCAAACUCGAGCCGUGCAUAUUUUCAUUUCUGCUACAGAAAUGGUACUACGAGGAAUUUGUAAUAAAAAAAAAAAAAAAAAAAAAAAAAUGUCCGAUAUAAAGAAAUUACAUAGUUUGAUAAAUGUUUAAGUUGCAUAAAAUUUGUAAUGGUUUGAAAUAGUCUGUGAGUAACGUAAAUAUCCGCUAUGAGAACGAUUAGACCGUCAACGUAGUACGAAUGCAUACAGCUGUUACGAUCAAAUCGGUGUACACUGCGUAUACCGUUUCUGUUUCAAAGGAAAUAGGACAAAAGGUUGCAGAACGUAACGUCGGUCGUUCGAAUAAUAGAAUGUUCGGAUAAUCGAAUGUUUGAACUGUGCGGUAUUCGGAUAACGGAGGUUUUACUCGCGUGUGAAGGUGUGCGCGAAAUCCAAAUUGUUUCGAGCCGAGUAAAGUCAAGUAGAGGGUUCUCUGUAGGACACUGUUGGUUUCGUCGAAAAUUGAGGGUAUCCGAAUCGAGGCCGAUAACCGAUUCCAUUAAUGACGAGAGAAGCGAUAUCUGAUGUUGCUAUAUGUUACCGGAAUUAGCGACCACGGACUUACGGUGAAAGAGAAUUUAGUACCGUUUCCGUGACCGAAAACACGAAAAAGUGAAACGAGGGAAAAACAGAUAAAGUAUAUUUCUCGAGUUUUAGAGAUGUUUCUUCUCUAGUUUUAACAUCGCUUCGGCGUCAAGGGCCAACGUAUUAACAACACCUUAAUUUAGAACUACAAUUUCUGGCAGAACUUUGUUUUGGUUAUAAAUCGUGCGAGGUUUAUUAAAUUCUCGUCUGAAUUGAACGCACUGUUCGAAUCGAGAGGCAAGAAAGUUAAAAGCGGGACACAGUUGGUCGAGAUACGGAAAACGGAAUAGCGAAAAGUAUAAAACGAACUCUUAUUAACAAAUUAUUCCGCGUCUCUGGUAAAAGGAAUCUCUGGUACAAAUUAUCGAAAUAAAUUUGAAAGUUGGUGCGAAAUCACGAAUAGAAAUGUCAAAUAAUUACUAUGCUACGUAUAAAUUACCGUAAAUCAGGUUUCUUUAAACGGUACUUGCAACAAGUAAGCGUAUACGGAUUUUCAUAUCAAAUUCGGCAUUAAAAUAUCUUAAAACUACGAUCAUUAAUUCAUCGAUUAACCCAUCAGGGACCGUCGUUGGAUUAACGCGAUACGUUAAUAAAUUUCCGAUCUUUCUUCCAUUCGUCUAAAUUACCGAAUUCUACGUUUCGACGUUGUACGCGCGAAAGAACCGGCAAUUUCAAACGUAACGCGAUUAGCCAAUUACCUAAGCAAUUUUGUUCAAAUAGGAUCGUUAAUUUCUAGAAUUUUUUCUAAUAUUUUCUUAUCUCAUUCUCAGCACUAUAUUAUGGCUUUCUGCGGACAAGAACAAAUAUUUUUACAUCGUAUUUGUUGCGGGACAGGGCGAUUGGCUGAACAAACGACCUGUAUAUUAUCGAUCGUGCGAAUGGUAUUCGCGAGCUUUCAUUUCAUUGCGUUCUAUUCAAAGAAAUUUAGGAAAUUAAUGGAGUGCAACGCUCGUUCAGGGAGAAUACGAUUCCGAACUUUGACAUUUGGAGCGGAUAUCCGUUUCGUUCUGCCGAUCAUUUUACAAUCAACAGAGUUUUCUCGACUUUCGUUCGUUCGUUCGUUCGUUCGUUCGUUCGUUCGUUCGUUCGUUCACGGUUUAAUUAAACGGCAGUCACUGGUAAUUUUCACGAUAAUAUCAGUCUCGAUUGGUUUUACAAAAGUAUCUAUUUCCAAGCUAGCGUUUCUAUUAAUUCUCGUCUUCUCUGCGUUACACCAUUCUAAUUAUUUCGAAAAACAGUUGUUUUCCAGGGAAAUUUUCAUACAUUUAUUCCGACUUUCAUUUAAACCUCGAACCUCGAUAUUUCCAUCUUGCUUUUAUUUUCAGCAAGAUUUUAAGAAGGUAGCCGAUAUAAAAUCGAAAGAAGGAAGAAGAUGGAAAUCGUCGAACCUGACAAUUCCACUUGCGAUCUCACGAUCAACUUGGUUCUUUUCGAUUUCAUUUUUAAUUCGAUAAAACUCUGUAACUCGUGUGUGUAACCACGAGCUAACAUUGAAAUAGAACAAAUUAACAAAAAUAUGCUCAUCAUCGUGUACGUAUUACGAAGAAAUUUCGUGUCCACGAAAUCCUAGGCCACUCGCGUUUAAACUGAUUUCGAUACGAUGUAAAUUAUUAUGUACGAUAUCUGACAGACAAAGCGACGUCCGAUUAUCUCGAUUGGUCGAAAUUUCGAUUCCACGCACGUUACCAAACCUAAAGCCAUACAUUCUUCCUCUUUUUCUAUUUUCACAGUGGAAAUCUAAUAGCGCGUUGAUAGAUUGAGUAAUAGGUAAAAUCUAUGCAAGUCGUCAACGAUAUAUCAUUUUCUGCCUUGUAGAAUUCUUCUAUUCUUGUAUUCUUUUAUUACCAAUUUACUCUUUUAUUACUCUAUUACUACUAUUUAACAAUUUAACAAUUUAACAAUUUAACAAUUAUUUAACAAUGGCAAAUUUUAAAACAGCUAAUGAUUAGCUGGUGCAAAAGCCAACAUAUACAGGAUGUUUUCAAUGUUUCCACAACAAUCGCGGUAUCGUAAGCUACAUGUGUAAAUAAGGAAAAAGUAUGAAAAUUUGCUAUAAAUGGUUAAUUACCUCGUAUCGUGUUAAUCGGAUAUUAAUAACAGGAAAUAUGCUAGAUUGCUUAAAACGUAUAUUUACUUUUCUGUUACAAAGAACGACGCGCAACUGCAAAUAUCAAAUUACGUUACAUGGCGAGGUUGCGAUGCGCGGACCUAUUUCGAAAUUUUGUAAAACAAUUCAUAACAUUCGCAUAUUCUAAAUGUAUACGUCGCUAAGAGACAGGAAAAAGAUCAAACUUAUUACGUUCGAUCUAACAAAUCUGGAAUCGCGGAGAUCAGUCAGCUUAGCGACGCAAUCUCGAUCGCGGAACAAUCGUUAACCUGUAAGCGUGGCGCGGCGAUUUCAUCAUUUUGGUCAACGUAGCUCGAAACAAUCGACAACCGUUUAAACGCGGUUCGAUCUUUGGCGAGAACCGAUCGAUGAAUCAAACGGUAGAGUACGUGACCCUUCAACCAUGUACGACAAACAAAUCCCUGUCUCGUGAUAAAUAUUUCGAGAGAGAACUUGGUACUUUUGUUUUGUGUGUGUGUGUGUGUGUGUGUGUGUGUGUGUGUCGAGAUUCGCUGCUUCCAAUCCCUACGAAUUUCAUCGUACAGCGUUUCCAUGUACGUAGCUGUUCGUCAACGUGAAACAAAUUCGCAAACUGUUGUCGCAAAGCGAACAUAGUUUGAAGAUGACAGACGAAAAUUACGAUAAGCUUGUUUCGCUUAAUUUUGUAAUUUUAAAUAAAUGAUAAACGGAAAUAACCUACCGUUAGGAUACUUUGGUGCUGCAAAAUUAUCGCAGAUAAAAAGUUUGAAUUUCUAUGUUUGAGUUUCUAUGCAUUUUCGCGGCACAAAAUACCCCAUAAAUCCAUAAAUCUAUAAACCCAUAAAACUUUCCCGUCUAUUUAUACUUUUAAGCUACAUACUUGAAACUGUUUUGAUGAAUUUUUGCAGAAUUUUUUACACGUUUAAAAUACGCGCAAGUCGUGCGAAAUCUAAACGGUAUACUAAACGAUACCUUUAGUAGGUUUAGUACCAGUAAGGUGUAUCUGAAGAAAGAAGAAAAAAAGAAUUCCUUCGGUCUAAAGAUGUAAUAUCGUAACGACUAAUUUACUUACGGCUUUCGACGUUAAAUAUCGAAAACCCGAUGAUUAAACAAACAGUCGGCUUUGCGCGAUAUAAGAUUCGUUUACCGUAAGUAUUGCAGCAAUAUAGUCGUCUCGGAAAGUAAGUUAACGCUCGCGCUAAGAGCUUAAACGUAAAACAAAGAGUUGACUCACUUUCCGAGAACUUACCGUACGUUUACUUCACAGCACACUGAAUUAACGAACUCGAUCGAUCGAUUAGCUGCUCUAAAAGCAACGUAAGAAAAACCGAAACGAUGCGAUUUUGUCUUUCCCUUGUCGUGUCUUUCCCUUGUGAUCUUCGUACCGGACUGAAAUCAACGUAUAUUCUUUCUUCGACGUUGUAUAUUAUCGACAUAUCGUUAUUUGGACACUAUUGGCCUCAAGUAAUAUUAGGACAUUCGCAGAUAUUUCUUUUAUCUUCUGGUUUAGAUAACGUAACAUUGUCACGAUCCUGCUGUUCCAUUCGCAUCCUACCUAUUACGAUUAAUCUAACAAUCUGAAAUAUCCGAUAAGAUAGAAUUUGUUCGAGUCGUUCGAUAAAUGUAGCGAAUAGAUGCCCUAAUAUCUAUAGCCAGCAGUGUAUAUAAUUUGCUAUUUAAAAGAUGAUUAAACCGGCUGUGCUACGUUCCACGAUACAUAAUCUGUGAUAUUUAUUUGAAGAAUUGAAUCCCUUGUUUUGUAUAUAAUAUCGCUCUAUGUACGUAUAUCGCGAGGCACGUUCGUCCGCACGAAUCAUGCUUUCGAUUUAAUACAGGCAGAUUAUAUUUCUAGAUUAGUAAACUAGUCUGAAUUUUCAAUUCACUUUUCAUUCUUCCGACCGAGAAUCAUUAAGUACAAUAUUUCUACUAUCAGUAUUGUAAUAUUUGACAUUCAACAACCUGUUACAGCAGGUUGAACACAGGACAAUGUUGGUUCAAACGGCUGUUGGAAAAAUCAUAACGCAAGACUCUGAUCACCAAAAUUCGUAAGAGAGCACCAUCGAGAUUGGCCGAAUCUUCGAAUAAAGAAAUAUUCAUUUUUCCCUCUAGCAAUUAUUUGACAAUAUACGUUAUAUACAUAUAUACGUAUAUAAAUAGCAGAAGAGAUAAUACGAGCGGCAAUAGCAAAGGUUAGAAUGUAAUAUUAGGUCGAAGGAAAAAAAUUCUAUCGCUCUUCUAACAACUAAUCGGCGUAUUAAUAACCGAAUUAUAGGCUGGCGUACAAAAAUCUCCAUAUCCGUUUCUCGUAUAGCUGCGCUUAUGGAAUACUUUCGCUGCGUUUAAGAAAAUCAAAAUCCAAUAAUCUUUAAUUUGUCAGAAAGCAAGAACGAUACUGAUAAACGAUAAGGUUACGAAAUACUGCGAUUAUAACGACGUUAUAACGACAUUUUAACGUUUUUCUCUUGCUAAUUUUCAACUUGUUGCUGUUAUCGCAUAAUAAAUUACGCCGUUCUCCGUUGCAACCUUGUCUCAUUCGGUUGAAAAGUCUAGCGUUUCUCUCGUAAAAUUCUGCUCAUUCGUACACCGUGUUGUUUAGCCUUAACCCGUUAUUCGUGUCAGCGAUUUGCUAAUAUCCCUGAUAUCGCCUCUAUCUUGUAUCGCUUUUCUCAGCGCAACGUACGAAAGCUCGAUUUUUCUUCUCUAUGAAAAAAUAUCUUUUAUCUUUUAUCUUUUAUCUUUUAUCUUUUAUCUUUUAUCUUUUAUCUUUUAUCUUUUAUCUUUUAUCUUUUAUCUUUUAUCUUUUAUCUUUUAUCUUUCGCUAUGAAUACGAACUUGGUUAAAUUAUGCGGAAUAGCAACAGCACCAGAAUUUUAUAGAACCAAAGAAAAAAAGAAAAAAGAAAAAAAAGAAAAAAAGUAUCGAUUCAAUCAUCUGUCUUGAAGGACAUUUAUUAUUUAGGACAACAGCAUAACGUUUAUACGAAGAUAUUUCGUAUUUUUAUCAGCAAACAGCCACAUGGUUAAAGGGUCAGAACAUCGUCAAUUCGUUUUACAGUAUCGCGUUAUCUAGCGAUGAAUCGAGAUGCAACACGAUUGCGACUUAACGCGGUAACGUACAACGUGUAAGGCAAGAAAAAAAAAAAAGAAAAAAAUAAACGUCAAGUGUCGAUGUUAGCGGAAAAUUCCUUGCAGAAAUCGAUGAAUCGUCGCUUAAACGUUAAUCGAAUGAAACCAAGACUCGAUGCUUCGUCGUUGUUCCUAUCCUCGUGCGGUAAAUAACGAUCGGAAACAAAGGAAGGGAAACAAAAAAGAAAGGAAGAAAAAGAAAAAGAACAGGACGUUCGAGUAUGCAAACGACAAUAGCGGUCAAGAACAAUUAUUUUAUUAGUUCGAUUCGAUUAAUUAGAUAAUUGUUAAUCGUAAUUGGUAAUCGCGCGUGUUAAGGUGAGACGCGGUGAGUGAUGGUGAUGACGAUGAUGAUGAUGAUGAUGAUGAUGAAAGUACGAAAGAGCGUGUGACGUUGUUUCAUCCUGUUUUCUUGUAGCGGCGGAUAAUGUUAUAUACGUGAGUUUCUGUGUGUCUGUGUGUGCGUGUGUGCGCGCGUGUGUGUGUAUAUACACGUAUAUAUAGGAGAAAAAUAUGUAUACAAAUAUAUGUAUGUAUAAAUAUAUCAGAUGGUCGUUUGAAACAAAAUGUGCCGAGCUACGAGCGUACGGCAUUGAUAAUAAAAUUUUAAGAA